AUGGACGCCUACUGCGCCAAGGUCCGCAAACUUGAGCCUCACUUCGACGGUCUCGAGUUUCAUCAUGUCUCCAGGGAACACAGCAUCGCCGCUGACAUCCUAUCCAAGCUCAAGUUGAAAUGCGUCGAAGACUUGGUCGACGUGUUCGUCCAGGACUUGAGAAAACCCUCUAUCAAGAUAUUGGACCCAAACCAAGCUGGUGGCAACACCCAGGAUCAGGCUGACCCAGCACCCACCCAUGUCCUGAUGAUCGAGGCGGAGGAAGACUGGCGCACACCUUUCAUCACAUUCAUCACCGACAACAUGUCCCCAGAGGACAAAGCCGAGCACGAAAAGCUCACACGAUGCAGCACCAACUACAUUGUGAUCGGUAAGGAGUUGUACAGGAAGGCCCAUCCACCGGCAUUCUGA